AUGUUUAAACGUCCACAUGAUAUAGUCGAAAUAUCUGAUGAUUCUGAAGAAGAAUCAAGUGAAGAUGACGUAGUAGUUAACAAUAACAAUAAUAAGAAUAAUAUUGUUAGCAAUAAAAAAGUAGGAUCUAAGUUCAGUGAUGAACAGUUGGCAAAUGAUCAAGAGAAACUAUUCAAAGUUUUAACAGACACUUUGAAAAGAUUUAAGAAAGCUGGUUCUUUUUAUUAUGUGGGGGAAGAAGAGGUUGCACCACCAAGGAUUGAAAUUAAUGAUGUUGGUGUUUUAGCAUUCCCAAUUCAAGUAUAUCAAGUGAAACAGAUCAUUGAUAAAUGUAUCAGAGCUCCAUAUGGAAAAGGAACUGAAACAAUUACCGAUACAAACAUCAGAAAAGUAUGGCAAUUAUCACCUGAUUCUUUUAAAUUCCUUGGUGGUAAUCAAUGGAAUCAAUUCUUUGAGAGAACACUCAAGACAGUUGGUCAGAAGUUGGGACUUGACAAAACAAAGAUCGAAGCAGAGUUAUACAAGAUGUUGAUCUAUGACAAAGGUGCAUUCUUCAAGCCACAUAAAGACAGUGAGAAAGGUGAGAGAAUGUUUGGAACAUUGGUCAUAUCACUACCAUCUGUUCAUACUGGUGGUGAUCUCAUUCUUCAACAUGCUAGAAAGACUGUCACCGUAUCAUUGGAGAAUAACAGUAUUUCAAACAUGAGAUACACAGCAUUCUAUGCAGAUAUCAAACAUGAAGUCAAAGAAGUCACUGAUGGAUAUCGUGUUUGUUUGGUUUACAAUCUUUGUCGAUCUGGUAAACUCAAUAACGAUGACCUGAUCACAAAGAAACCAAAAAUCAAACUCGAAGGCAAUGUAUUGAAGAAACAAAAGAUGAUCGAUGUCAAGAAAGAAGAACAAGAAGAGUCAAGUAGCAGUAGUGAUGAAGAUGUUUUCAUUAGACCUGUUGAUUCGAAAAAUGAAGAGAUUAUCGCUGACAUUCGUAAAUAUUUAUCGUUAGCUUUUCAAAAACCAGAACGUAAUUGUUUGGUUUACAUCUUUGAACAUGAAUACACUCAGAAUCAAUAUAACAUAAGGUGCCUCAAAGGACAAGAUUCAAAGAUCGCAACUAAUCUGCUACAUGCUGCAAGUGGCGCUGGCUAUUCAUGUCUCAUUGGUCUCCUCGAUAUGGAAGAGUCUGGAUAUGGAAAUGAUAACUACGGUUACUAUGACUGCUCUGAUGAAGAUUUUACUGUUGAAGAAUCUGAAGUACAUCUUACAUUUUCGCACUUGAUAGAUGCUAGAACCUACCAAAAGUACACCAGAUUGAAUUUGAAAGCAGGCGGAUCAGACAUAUUCCCAUCUUUCGAUAAAGAAAAUUGGGAUUGGGGUGAUCCUAAGAUAGAGCAUACUGGAAACGAAGGAACCACCUUUGAGAGAUUUUACAGUCACAGUGCAAUCAUUUUGGUAAAGGAUCUCGAAUUGAAUUUAUACACAAAGCAUUGA